CUUAGAGAUCAACACAACCGAGAUGUGGAUCAAGUGAAGGAAAGUUACGAAAUAAAACUUAGAGAAAAUGUACAGGUACGAAAAUAAUGGAGCGUUCAUAAUUUGUGUGGUGGGGGGCUAUGGGGAGUUUUAUUUUGAAAGAAUAUUUUUUGAAUAACCACCCCCUCCCCCCUUAUGUCUGAUAUAUUUUUUGGGUGAUCCCCCCUCAAACCACAGAUUUUGAUGACAUAAUGAUUUUCAUGACCCCUCUCUCUGACAUUUAAGAAAUGUUUGCUUCUAUUUGUUCUUAUUUGAGUUAUUUCGUUCUUAUGCAAAGGCUGCAGGGAACUGUACAUAGAAAGAUUAAGAUAUAUAUUAUGUUUGUACUGUAGAUAGUACUAUACAAUUAUAUCGUUUAUGAAAAGGUGUUUAUGUCUCAUAUCUAUACUAUUCUCGUUUUCCCUUAGGUAUUGAAAACAGCAACUAGUCAGUCAGAACUGUUGAAAAACAAAGUGGUAGGUGAAAUCAUUGUUAUAAAUAGGCAUAUUAUAUGUAUGCAAAGAAAACAGGCAAACGCGAUCUACAAAACCCUCCAACUAUUAUUCAGUCGAGUGAGAUGCCAACGAAAUCUUGAUUAUAAAGUUCCAUAUUAUCUGUAACUAGGCUGGAAAAAUUUGCAGUCGUAUAGGCAAAACUGUAGUCUGCUUUUAGGUAAUUGGGUGAUGAGGAGCGGGCAGCCAAAAAUUAGGGAGGUGAGACCAAGAUUUUAGAUUUUGGAGUGUUUCUAAAUUUCCAUGGUGUCUGUCUGCAUGCCAAUUACCUUCAAUAGCGAAGAUACGCGGUUUCAGUUAGUUUGCCAACAAUAGACUGAAAACAUGCAUGUGUGCAUGAAACAGCAAAAUACAAGGCCAACACAUAUACAAGCAUUUAAAGCUAUUUUGACACCAAUAUACUGCAGAGUUGCCAUUACACGCCUGUAUCCAUCUAAACAUAAAAAUCUCACAUUCACUAACUAGAUUGUACAAACUUUCUUACAACAUAUAGGAGCAAAUUCUGUCUGUUCUAAGUGGCAACACUCUAUUUUCUAAACAUAUACAUAUACACGGCUUUGUAUAAAUAUCAAGCCGCUUUCAUUUUAUUUUGCCGUGUUUUCCCUUUUUGGCCGUGGUAACACGGCCAGCCAACACAGCCUUCUAACUAAAACGCAGCUACGCCAGGGUGCGAAAUAACGGCCGGUCAACGGACAAUGUCCGGCCACAAUGCGGAGUUGUCCGGUCAUAUCCUAACAAUAGUAGAAAGAUAUACAAAGUUUAUUAAAGUCACCCAGAUACGAUUAUACAAAAAUCGUUCAGUAGUUUUUAUUUGUUUCAUUCCAAACUUUAGCAGCAGCAUAACCGAACGUUCGUUUCAUUGAAUUUGUUUUUGGCUUCGACAGCAUCAGCUUUUUUUCGUUACUUCUUAAUUCAUAUCGAUCUGAAUUAGAUAUAGUUUAAACAUGUCCGAAAUGUUCUCGGACAUUGGCAUGUAAGUGCUUUUGAUACAUAUUUUACAGUAGUUGUUGUUCCUUCCUUCUUUCACCUGACGUUUUCGAAUCUAGUUUCUUUAAAAUAUCUAUGGAGCGUAUUUCAUAUGAGUCGCCAGUAAUAACUCUUGCAGCUCGGUUUUGGAGUUUCUGUAGCUUGACUAGCUUGCCUCUCACAAUUAACUCCUCAAUUGGCCAUAUGAUUGUAGUACCAUUUAACAAGCGUAUCACUAUAGCCCCAGCGAGUUAACGCUCUUUCGAGCGUCUUGUUUACUUAUAAAUUAUUAAUGAGUUUGAGAUUAAUUUCUAAGGUAUAGUGGUUGUUUAAGUAUAGAUUGAAGCAGAGAGGAUUAAUCGGCAAAUUAAAGAGGAAAAGAAUAAGGAUGGUCCCUCAGCUAUUGAAGCCACCGAAAUGCAGGUAUACAUUUACAUAAAUUGAUUUAAUGGAUAAAAGUUACCAUAAGCUGCCUGCAUGUCAAUGAAGCGCACUUGUAAAACGUACGCACGUUUUACAUCACUUUAAAGCUCGUACGAUGGUGAAAACGAAUAUCAUUAAUGUUACUAUAAGCGCAGAAUACGGCCGGUGAAUUAAUUUUCCUGGUAACGCGUGGUUUAAUGCUACCUACCUACCUACCCCCUGAAUUUUAAUGCGUUAACAUUGACAUGGGGAUGUCAAUCAGGUAGGUUUCUCGGGCUCCUAUGGCCUCUAGUCUGAAUCAAGGCAGUCGAAUCCUGUCUGUCCAUGCAUGUGAGUCUUUGUUUUUCUACAUGCAUUGUAUGAAAGACAUGGUCUUUGGGGGAACGUGAUCUCGUGUUUCUACAGCAGCAAUUCAUGAAAUUUAUCCGUGAUUCCGUAUAUAUACAUGUACCUGCACUAAAAGUUACCAACUGUAAAGCAUUUACUAUUUUUGUUUUCAUGAUUUGUUUUUUUUUUUAAUUAUGUAGUGUAGCAACUUUUAUAAUACAGUCAAUGAACAACAUAUGUUGUGUUUUUCAGGCAAAACUACAAGCAAGUCUUCGAGAGAAAGACAGGUACAGUAUAUGUCUAUAAUCUAGUACAUUGUCGUUAUUUCGGGGUCUUUGACUUACUUCUACGUCCAUGGCGGUGAAUCUCUUUGGAUCGUGUGAAGACAUGCCACUCUCUUAUUUCUGAUAGAUUCGAUAAUUAAUGGAUAUACAGUGUAACAUUUAAAGGUUCUUACACUGUAAAUCUCACUCUUUGAUCAACUUCAAAAGCACAUGUAAUUCUGUCAUCAAAAACUGUGACAGAAUAACAUUUUUGGGGUUGAUUAGACUCCUCGCAAUGUGUAGACAAUGGCAGGAAGCAAUGACAGCGCAUUAGGUUUCCAAGGGUUUCUGUAGAUGUACACCUCAAAGACUCCUCAAAUCUCGAAUCCUGUAAAAUAUAGAGAGAAUAAUACAUGGGUGCGCGGAAAUACCAGAUUUAUUUCGAGUGUUGAACAUGAUAUAUCACGAGUGAGCGCAGCGAACGAGUGAGAUGUCAUGUUCAACACGAGAAGUAAAUCUGGUAUUUCCAAGCACCCAUGUAUUUUUCUGUUUAUUAUAUAAACAAAAUUCAGUGAAAAACAAUAAAACGUCCGUGGCAAUGCGUUUUACAACAAAUGAUAUUUUCACACGUAAAAAUAUCGUAUUUUUUACGUGUGUUUAAAUACGAUUUUUCUCAGUGGCCAAAAACUCUAUAUAACACUUAUGUUUAUAUAAUAAAAAGAUUUAUUUUGUGUGAUUGCUACAUGCACUAUUUUGCCAAUUAAAGCUAUCAGGUAGAGUGUAUACUGCCAACGGAUUUCUUAGAAGUUGUCUGAAAGGUGUCAGUAUGAUAACCAGGCGUCCAAAAGCCGUAUUUUUCCAACAGUGUGGCCGUCCAAGUUCUAGCUGCUCAUAAGGACGGCAAGUUGGCUAAGACCGAGCGUUAUUUCAAUCGUGGAAGAAUUGCUGAAAUGCGCGUUUGAUAAAGUUUGAUAUAAUUGAUAUGUAUAUACUUGUAUUGUAUAACUCGAUCCCACAGUGUCCCCCAUGUAUAUUAUACAACCAUUUCAUUUUUGCUUCAGAAUUAUAGACGAACUAAAGUCGGCUGUCGAUGUUCGUGAGACUCGUAUUAAGGUAACUGUGUGCGUGAUUCAUGAGUAAUGUAUCCCAGUAUAGAUUUUAUACAGGGUGCGAUAGUUAAUGAAGUUCAGUUGUACCUUAUACUGGUACUCCAAUGAUUAUUGCCAUGUCAUGGGUGAUACAAACCUAAGACUCAAGACAUACUUAGUCUUUAAAGGCCCGUACAGAAGAACAAACUUUCCUUCACAAGUUUUCUUGAGAAGUUUACUUUCUCGUGUGUACGAUCAACAAGUUUUCUUUGACAAGUUUUCUUGAGAAGUUUACUCUCUCGUGUGUACGAUCAACAAGUUUCCCUUGACAAGUUUCCUUGAGAAGUUUACUUUCUCGUGUGUACGAUCAACAAGUUUCCCUUGACAAGUUUUCUUGAGAAGUUUACUUUCUCGUGUGUACGAUCAACAAGUUUCCCUUGACAAGUUUUCUUGAGAAGUUUACUUUCUCGUGUGUACGAUCAACAAGUUUUCCUUGACAAGUUUCCUUGAGAAGUUUACUUUCUCGUGUGUACGAUCAACAAACUUUCCUUGACAAGUUUUCUUGAGAAGUUUACUUUCUCGUGUGUACGAUCAACAAGUUUCCCUUGACAAGUUUUCUUGAGAAGUUUACUUUCUCGUCUGUAUACGAUCAACAAAUUUCCCUUGACAAGUUUUCGUGAGACGCUUAUACAUAUACUUACUGUGUGUACGGUCAACAAGUUUCCCUUGACAAGUUUCCUUGAGAAGUAUAAUCUGAUGUAGUAAUACCUUCAGUCCAAUCAUGUUUCAUGCCAGAACAUGUCGGAGAUGUUGGUAUUACGGUUUUGCAUGUGCUGCACCUUGAGAAGUUUGCUAGUCAUGGUACCAGCAAAAUACAGUACGCAGAUAGCGAGAGUAUCGCGUAUACCUAUAUUACGUGGUAUUUGCAUGGCUAAAACAAGGAAGUAUCAGACCGUAAUAUUGGCGUACCUCCGGUACGUACAGUAAGUACGCAAAUUAUCGCCCUCUGUUUUAACAUCACAAAUUGAAGCGAUGUCUACAAAUUUCGUUGUCCAUGAUCCUCAAAAAAAACACGAAACAAUGACGAAAUGCGUUCAAACGGUCAACCUUUGAAGAGUCAAAUCCGAUGUAGUUAGAAUUAUAUAGGAUUAAUCGAUUAUUAUUUAAUUGGAUUGACAACGGUUAAUCAAAUGCUAAAAUAGCAACAAAUAUGAAUAUGGGCGCAGGUUUGCCAUAUUUAUACCGUAAAAUUUAGUUUAAGCAAUUACUGUACAUAGUUUAGUGUGCAUACUGUACAGUUGAAUGCUUUCGUGUAUUUCAUUGAAAUGCAAUCUUGUUCAUAAUCUUAUUCAUAAUCUACUCUGUAUUUCUUCUUAUAUUGAUCUGGUAUUGACAUUCAUCCUUUAGUUGUUAUCGAAAACCGAUGAUGCUGAUACCACGGAGCAGGUAUAAGACUUUUAUAAGACAGUUUGACUUCUUGAUGAAACAGAAGUCAGGCAAAUUUUAGCACAGCUCUUCUAGGACAGCUCUUAAGACCUUUAGGACAGUUCUUGGUGAACGGACAGUUACAGAAAGUCAGGCACUUUUAGGACAGCUCUUAAGACCGUCAGGACAGUUCUUGAUGAACGGACAGUUACAGAAAGUCAGGCACUUUUAGGACAGCUCUUAAGACCGUCAGGACAGUUCUUGAUGAACGGACAGUCACAGGAAGUCAGGCAACGUUUAGGACAGCUCUUAAGACCUUCAGGACAGUUCUUGAUGAACGGACAGUCACAGGAAGUCAGGCAACGUUUAGGACAGCUCUUUGAGACCUUUAGGACAGUUCUUAAUUAACGGACAGUCACAGGAAGUCAGGAAACUUUUAGCAUAGCUCUUAAGACCUUCAGGAAAAUUUCUGAUGAACGGUCACAACACAUAAACUUACGACCACGUCAGCGCAUGCAUUAGCUGCCCGAUUUCGAAUUAUGAAUAUGGGCUGUAGCCCACUUUGUAAAAAAAUUGACAUUUCUAAUGACGUCAGUAAUUGACAUGCAACGCGUUAUGACACGCGUGCAAUAGGCGAGAUGGCGUGAGCAAGUCGUCACGUCUGGUGUUAUAUGUAAGUUUUUCCGUUAAUAUUCCCGCAAAUACGAAUGCAUGGUUAGCAAUGAAUGGAUGUUAGGAAUGCAUGUAUAUAACUAUAUAUACAGCUAAUUCAAAAAGUUUUCCUUUGCAAACCUUAAACUCUAACCUCUCAACCAGCGCGUUGUGUUCAGCAGGUCAAAUCGACCUCUAACGCAGCUGGUUGCCUCAAUCUGAGCUUGCCUCACUUUGAGGCAAGGUUUGAAGUUUCAAGCUUAGUAGUUGAAUAUUGCAGCUAUUUGCGAAUGAAUUGAUUUCGUAAGGAGAUAUUUACCGUGUCUCAUUGUCUCUAAGAAAUGGGCCCCAUAUAUGAUUUUUUAACUGAUUAAAUGAUGCUCCCAUUAUGCUUUGCGCGCUUAGAGUUUAAGGUUUGCAAAGAAUAACCUAUUUUGAAUUGGCUGUAUAUAUGUCGCUUCCAUUUCGAAAUGUCAAUUUACUCCGUAAUGUAUAUGCGAUAUAUAUUAUUUUAUAUUCAUCCAAAUCGUAAUUAUAUUUAAUCCUGUAACUUUUGCGACUAUUAAGGAUCAGAUUUGCGUUUAGGUAGAUCUCGAGGCAGAAAGUUUAUUUGAAUUUUCGUUCGUUAUAGUUCUGAUGUUAAAUAUAGUUGUUUUGUCUGCAGGUCAAAGGCUUGAAACAGAAAAUUGAGGAGCGCGACCAUCAAAUUCAGGUAUAUAUAAAGUCAUAAUAAAAAUAUUGAAAAAAAUUGAAAACGUGAAAAGAAUUGUCAAUUUUUAUUGCCUGAGUGUGGUGCAAGUUUGUAUAACGGAGUGCAAUAUUUUUCUGAAAGUUUGGUCUGAUAAUGUCAGACAUUACAACCCAAGUUUUUGGUCGGUCAGACACUAAUUAUUUGUAGUACUGAAAAGAAAAGUUGUAUACAGUAUACAUUGGAUUCAUUUGUAAUUAUUUCACGUGCGUACAAUUUGCGAUUUAUUUGAUCAGUAUACAUAAGUACUAGAUAAAACAUGAGCAGUCGAUCUUUAUCUGAUAUACAAACUCGAGCCGAAGGCGGAGAAUGACCGAUGUCCUUCUGUUAUCGACAAGUGUACACUGUUGUUAUACAGUGCCAAAAAGUAAUAUAUGCACCUGGGGCCAGUUGAAUGUUACAAGGUUCACGACACAAGGUUGUGACAAUAUUGUUAUAUCAUGACUGUAUCGGAUAAUAUCAAUAAGCUUGUUACAAGUUGUUCCAAACUUGUUGACAAAUUGUGAUAAGCAGUGUGAGCACAACUUGUUGACGGCUUGUUGGCAGACUUGCUAUAAGAUGUGAGAUUUUUACGUGUGUAGAAGACCUCAAAUUGCUCUCGUCCUCAUCAGCUCGUGCAAUUUGAGUUUUUGAAAAGCCGAAUUAAUCAAUGAACAUGAUGUUUCACCACUGAUGUUUUCGCUUAUACCAAUAUAGUGAACAGUUAUCUCGUUUCAAUAAAUGUUGAGCAUUAUUGUCGAUGAAACAAUAUUAUUACGUAUAUAUGUAAUAUGUUGUUUUCAUUUGUAGGAUUUGAACGAGAAGCUUAGGAAGUCGGAGGCGUCUAUAAAGGUAUGGUGUUGUAUAAAUUUACUUGCAGGACGGAUCCAUGAGGUUCAUCUGGCUUACAGGGGAUGGGUGUUGAAUGGGAGUUGUUCGUGCGGCGGUGUACGAAUGUCAGUGGUGUAACUUUACUUUUUGACCACUAGUCCUCAGGGCAAGUUGGACAUGAAAAUUAGUUGCCCUGAAUAAAAUUCACUUGCCAUCAGACAAUGGCCUGGGGUACCUAGGUAGGGGGUAUAAAUAAGGGGACAACAUGUCGACCCGUUCUCCCAAUCUAUAUGGCUAUGUUAUACUGCCUCAGAUCUGGCUUUGGCAUACAAAAAACAAAAUUUGAAUCAAGUACAUGCACUAUGACAAAUUUAUUCGACAAUGAAAACAUAAACUUGCAAAGAUGCCCAGCUUUUUGUGGCAAGGCAACUUGCCCAAUCGGGCAAGCAAGAUAAAACGUUUACUUAUCCGUCAUGAUAUUAAGUUGCCCCGGGCAAGCUGGCAAGUGUUAAGUUACACCUCUGCGAAUGUCAAGAAUUAACCGAGGCAGGGCGCGUCGUAACUGAGGGUGCCGGGUCAACAUUCAGGGGGGAUUGUUCUGGGGGACACGAUGAUCUCGGCAGCGAGAUGAUCUCGCUACAAAUUAGAAUCGAAGGGCCGAGCUGAUUGCUCGAGUGAGAGAUCAUAUAGAUUCUGCAUGAGAUUUUGAGAAUGUCUUUGAAUAUUGCCACACGUCCCAAAGUAAUACCCAAAAAGUUGUAUUUGGUAGAUAGUAAUCCCCCCCUGGGCUCCCUUUAGCGAAGGCAGGAGGGGUGGGCAGAUGAUAAUCCCCCUGUAAAUCCCCUUGGUAGAUGGUAAUCCUCCUGUAGACUCCCUUGGUAGAUGGUAACCCCCCUGUAAAUUCCCUUGGUAGAUGGUAAUCCUCCUGUAGACUCCCUUGGUAGAUGGUAACCCCCCUGUAAAUCCCCUUGGUAGAUGGUAAUCCUCCUGUAAUCCAUUCUGCGUUACCGUCUUCAUUUAACGUCUUCCUCCGCUCACCGCACUGGUAAUGGGGAGAUUGUUAAGGCGGAUUUCCAUUCAGUGCAAAAUGUCGCACGAUGGUCAUUUUGCGAUCACUUUCUUUCAAAAUACAAGCAAUCAAACGCAACGGAUCAGGUUGACUGAACACAUGAAAGUGAUCGCAAAAAGUUGAUCUCGCGACAUUUUGCAUUGAAUGGAAAUCGGCUUUAAAUCAUUCGAAAAUUUUUAUAAAUUUGAAAUAAAUCCAUUAUAUCAAGUAAGGAAGUAAGGAAAACCACUUCUUACAACGACGUUAAUUUGGGAUGGUCAACUUACAUUUUCUGUGCAGUCAGCUUUAUUCUGCUCUCCGUUACAUGACAUAUCCCAUUUUAUAUAUACUGAAACGAUGAAAAUAGAAUUCGGAGAAAAAUGGAAGGCGAAAGUGAUUUUUCAACCUUUGUACUUGAAAAGCUAUAAAACUAUACGGAUAUAUAGGGACCUCACAAUUAAUAUAAAGAAACGUUGAUUUAAGAAUACUAAAUUUUAGAAAGUUUGAAAAAUCACUGUCCUCAGAGUGAUAUCCGGCUUUCGUACAAUCGAGCCCUGAACCUGGAUAAAUAUUUUUCUUCAUAAAGGACUUGAGAGGAUCGCUGUAUGAAAGUGAUAGAAAAUUUCACUUAGCAUCACAAGAGGGUGUCUCGACGGGACAG